ACGAGCACUUCCCAGCUUUCAUUUCACCGCCUUGUUCAGUUGUUCAUCUUCCUCUUGUCCUUUUCUCUCAAUCCUCAAACUUGUGAGAAUUUUCAUUUUCCAAUUCCCAGCCGAGAUCGAUGCAUACGAUAAGCUUCUUCUUACCUCCUUCUUCGUCGAUCCGUUCGUUGUUGUCAGAAUCAUUUAAUUUUACUCAAUAAUGAUCGAUCGGUUUAAUUAAGUCGUUGAUAUUUAAUCAAUCAGUUGGACAGACUGCAUCUCUGCCCCACCAUUUCAUAUCAGGAAUUAGGUGCUGGAGAGACAUAGCAGCAGGUUUGGAGGUGCGAGCUACUGAUCGAUUGCGACACGAUUGAUUCUUGUCGGAAACAGAUCAGGCGUUUAAAGAAGAAGAGUCGGAGAGGCGGCGGCGGCGCCACCGGAAUGGAGGCGGUGCUGCGGCGGCUGCCGGCGAGGUCGUCGUUGGUGGUGCUUUUCUUCGUCGUUUUAACCAUCGGCGCGUACAUCUGCACGCGCUACCUCGACUCGUCCGCUACUCUUAUAGAUCGAAGUUCCUCGGAAGAUUCCAUCUCAACCGUUAAAACGGCUCUUAACGAUCAUCCGGAGGCCAAAAACAACGGCCAGGAUUCACCAAAGAAGAUCGUCGAAAUUCCGUUAAAUUGUUCCCUCAGCAGCCAGCCCCGGACCUGCCCGGCCGGAUACUACCCGUCAAAGAUUCCGGCCGAAGUUAACGAAAUUUCUCCGGCAGCGUCGUCGGCAUGUCCCAAUUAUUUUCGAUGGAUUCACGAAGAUUUAUGGCCAUGGAGGGAGACCGGAAUUACUCGAGAAAUGGUGAGUCGUGCGCGCCGGACGGCCAAUUUCCGGUUAGUCGUAGUCGAUGGGAGAGCCUACGUCGAGACGUACCAAAAAGCCUUUCAGAGUCGGGACACGUUUACGAUAUGGGGAAUCUUGCAACUGCUGAGGAGGUUUCCGGGGAAAGUCCCAGAUCUUGAUUUAAUGUUCGACUGUGUUGAUUGGCCAGUCGUCAAGAAGGCGGACUUUGCGGGCCCGGGAUCCCCGCCGCCGCCGCCGCUGUUCCGGUACUGCGGCAACGACGACACCCAUGAUAUCGUGUUUCCCGACUGGUCGUUUUGGGGAUGGCCUGAGAUCAACAUAAAACCGUGGAAUGAAUUAUCGAAGGACUUGCAAGAAGGGAAUGCGAGGAGCAAAUGGAUAGACCGGGAACCAUACGCGUAUUGGAAGGGGAAUCCGACGGUUGCUGAGACGAGGAUGGAUUUACUUAAGUGUAAUGUUUCGGACAAGCAUGAUUGGAAUGCUCGCGUCUAUGCUCAGGAUUGGCUGAAAGAACAAGUAGAGGGCUACAAGAGCUCUGACUUAGCGAGCCAAUGCAUUCAUAGGUACAAAAUCUAUAUUGAAGGUUCUGCUUGGUCAGUAAGCGAAAAGUACAUUUUAGCGUGCAAUUCACUAACAUUGCUCGUGAAGCCAAUCUACUACGACUUCUUCACCCGUGGCUUGAUGCCGUUGAAACACUAUUGGCCCAUCAAAAGCGACGACAAGUGCCGAUCCAUCAAACACGCCGUCAACUGGGGAAAUACCCAUCAAAAAGAGGCGCAGGCAAUCGGGGGGGCGGCGAGCGCGUUCAUUCUGGACGAGGUGAAGAUGGAUUACGUGUACGACUACAUGUUCCAUUUAUUGAGCGCAUACGCGAAGCUCCUCAAGUACAAGCCGACGGUGCCCAAGAAAGCCGUGGAGCUUUGCUCGGAGGCGAUGGCAUGUGCGGCGGCGGACGGGACGGCGAAGAAGUUCAUGAUGAAUUCAUUGGUGAAUGGGGCAGCCAUGGCGGAGGCCUGCAGGAUGCCUCCGCCGUAUGAUCCUGUGGCUGUUUAUUCUGUUGUCGAAGGUAAGAAGAAGGGAAUGAAGCAAGUAGAUACUUGGGAAAAGGAAUAUUGGAAUAUUAAUAGUAGUAAUAAUAAUAAUACAUAGAUAUAUAUAUAUAUCUAAGAGAGAUGGAAGGAUUUGGUCGGUUUUUUUUUUUUUGUUAAUGUUGUAAGAAUUAUAUAUAUAUAUAUAUAUAAUU